CCAAAAACCAAUAUUUUUGAAUUUUUACAUGAAAACUAACGUUUAAAAUUUUACGCGGCUAACAGCACUCAUUCCUCUGCCAUUUAUCAGCACUUGCAACGGCAUAUCGAAAAUCGUGUGUUAUCGACAAUCGCGCAAAACUUAUCGAAACAGCAAAAAAUUUUGCAAUCCUCAAAAAAGAAACUGAAUUAAAAUUAAUGUUGCUUGGCUGAAAGUGAAGCAAUGGGCUACGAUGUCAAUCGCUUUCAAGGCGAAGUGGACGAGGAGCUAACAUGUCCCAUAUGCUCAGGCGUUCUGGAGGAUCCGCUUCAGGCUGUGAUGUGCGAGCAUGCCUUCUGUAGGGGCUGCAUUAACGAGUGGCUUACGCGGCAGCCCACUUGUCCCGUGGAUCGAAAUGCACUAACAACCGCCAAUUUACGUGCUGUACCUCGUAUAUUACGCAACUUGUUGUCCAGGCUAUCAAUAACCUGUGACAAUGCGCCUUACGGCUGCACAGCUGUACUUAAGCUAGAUGCAUAUAAUUCGCAUUUGGAGGAUUGUGUGCACAAUCCGAAACGUCCAUUCCCAUGUGAGAAAGGCUGUGGAUUUGAUAUUCCCAAGGACGAGUUGAAAGAUCACAACUGUGUGCGUGAGCUACGAGCCCUAAUUGUUAAACAAACAGAUCAAAUGGGCCACUUUAAAACUGAGUUGGUUGAUCAGCAGCUCACUAUCAACGAGCUCAAGCGCGAGCUGCAACUGUUCAAGGAUUUUAUGCGUGCCAUGCGGGUGUCUAACCCAGCCAUGCGCGCCAUUGCCGAUCAAAUGGAACGUGACGAAGUGAUUCGUUGGAGCAGCGCUUUGGCCAGAGCGCGUGUUACACGCUGGGGUGGCAUGAUAUCCACACCUGACGAUGCUCUACAGCUCAUGAUUAAACGAGCGUUAUCAGAGUCUGGUUGCCCUCCGCAUAUAUUGGAUAGCCUAAUGGAAAACUGCCACGAACGACGUUGGCCACGCGGUCUUAGCUCACUAGAGACGCGACAAAACAAUCGCCGCAUCUACGACAAUUAUAUUUGUCGUCGCAUUCCAGGUUUCUAUAUUGUAGGCAAACAGGCAGUUCUUGUGCUGAGCUGUGACAACGUACACAUGACUGAAGAUGUAAUGGUUGAGCCGGGAUUAGUGAUGAUCUUUGCUCACGGAAUCGAAUAGACAAAAUUGUGGUGCAGCUACUUAGGUUCAACUAAUACUAUAUGCUUACAGAGCUCAGUUUUGUUGUUUCCUUUACCUAAUGCUUAAGUACUAAAGUAUAGAAAACAUUCAUUUGUCAUUUUAUCAUUUACUUGUAACUAGUAUUAAGAUAAACUCGCAAUCUCUGAGAAUUCAAAGACGAAACUUAUAUAACAAAAACCAUUCAAGCGCCUCAUAACGACGAAAUUCGUAUAACAUAUGGUGUCUCCAUUUACAUACAUAUGUGUGUAUAUGGAGCCCUAUUCCAUUUUAGAUAUAUACAAUCAAAUAUUUUUUAGUUAAGCGAUCUCAGCAAAUAAUUUUUGUUAUUGUUCACUGAAUUUGUCUU